AUGAACAACGAAAACACGGCAUCGUCUUCUCCGAGAAGGAUAUCCCUAGACGAAACAGUUUCUGUCGGUACUCUACCAGGUUCCAAUCAUUCCAACAAGACAGCAAUGAAAGGAGUAACGAUGGAUAUUGAACUGAAAUCCACCAAAACCAAUAACACGGCAAGCAGUCCGAGACAACAACAAAUUCAUAAAUCCUCUCCGAAACAGCAACAGCAACAACCAUCCAACCAUCAUCAUCCAAGACCAAGAUCGUCCUCUCUCCACCAUCACCAUCAUCAUUAUGCUCAAUCUCAUGCUCAUCGGAACAACCAUCAUCCAAAAACGAAUAUAUAUUCAUCAACCCGAAGCACUUCAAGAAGCUCUUCUCCUACAAAGGGGCUGGCAUCCGUAACGACAGCAGGUGUUGUAAAUGUCUCUCCUUCUUCUUCUUCAACUUCCAUGAUGAAUAGUAAUAAUGAUUCACCUCGGAUUAUACAAUCGCUCUAUCUUCAUCAGUUGCACCAUAAUGAUGUCGGAGCGAGUAUUGUCAUUGGAAAUUCUAAUCCAGGAGGAGAGGAAGAAGAGGAAACUAUCAUGAUGGAAGAUGUCGAAAGACAACAUCAAGCAGGAAUUAGAGAAGAAGACUCUCGAAUUCAUCAAAAUGUUCCAACUCAUCAUCAUUAUGGGAAUAGACAUUUGCAUCGUCACCACUCUCGGCACCAUCAUGCCCACAAACACCGAAAACAUUAUUUACAUCCACGACACCACGGUAAACGAGCGGUGGAGAAUGAACACGAAAAUGAGGAAGAGGAUGACACUGGCGACCAUACAACAGACUCACAAGAUAAUAUUUCAGAAGUGAGCUCAUUAGCUUUGUCUGUCAUGUCCAAUACUGAUUAUGCAGAGAGUAGGAAUUUUCGAUUUAUUGACGAUGGUUCUAAUGGAUUGGAAAAUGACAAGCGACAGCAUUUUGGAUCUGUUGUCAGUUUUUUAUUUGCUGCUAUUGGAUCAAGUGUUGGCUUAGGAGAUUUGGUUCGAUUUCCUUAUCUUGUUUAUACAUUCGGAGGAGGAUUUUUAAUACCCUAUUGUAUUUGCCUUGUGGUUUUGGGAGUUCCCUUAACUUUACUUGAAUUUUCUUUGGGAACCAUGGCACGUAGAUCCUCGAUUUUGUCCGUCUCCAAAUGGAACAGAAGAGCAUGUGGUGUGGGACUUGCAAUGUCCAUAUUCGGAAGCCUUCUCAUUCUAAGUUAUUAUAACGUUAUUCUCAGUUGGGUUUGCGUUUAUUUUGUAAACUUGUUUCAAGCAAGUCUGCCCUGGGUGGGAGCAGCAGAAGAGUUUUUCAAUUCCAAAGUGUUACUCAAGUCAGCAGGGCCGACCACCCUCAUUAGCAACUAUUCUUCAAAUUUCUUCAAUGUCAAUUUCAUUUCCAUUCCAAUAUUACUGAGCUUGAUAGUUAUUUCUUUCAUCAACUUUUUUGCAUUGUUUAAGGGAGUGAACAGUAUCAAAUUUGUGGUUUACAUUACUGUACCACUACCCAUUUGUUUACUGUUUAUUUACCUAAUGAGAACAUUACUUUUUGAGGUUGGAAGCAGUACCGGUCUCUAUUAUUUUUUCAAACCUGAUUUUAAUGUGUUGCUUAAAACAGAAAUUUGGCUUGCAGCUGUUGGUCAAGUGUUUUUCAGCAUAGGAGUUGGUAAUGGAACCAAUCUUACUUUGUCAUCCUAUCUUAGUAGAAAAUCAAAUAUUAUCAUGGCAUCCAUAGUUGUGGUUGUUGCUAAUUGUUUGAUUGCUUUCAUUAGUGGGUUCACAAUUUUCAGUAUUUUGGGAGUAAUGGCCCACGAAAAAUUUGGUGCAAAUGCAAGUGCUGACUUUGACAAGCUAUUUACCAACGAUGUGUUAUCAGGUCUUGGACUUGCGUUUAUUGUGUAUUUCCAAGCAGUAAGCUAUUUACCUGUUCCACACUUUUCUGCCCUCCUCUUAAUUAUCACCAUCUUUUCAGUUGGUAUUGAUAGCGCCUUCUCAUGUGUGGAAACAGUAGUUAGUGCAAUAAUGGAUUAUUUCUCGAUCAAAUGGAAUUUGAAAAUUCAUCGCUGGAAAUACGUUCGAAAAGUGUACAUGGAAAAUUUCCAAUCUGCUGAAGCUGCUGUUGAGCCUUCUCAAAAGGAACAACACAAUAUGGGAAGUGAAAUUAUUUCACAAUCACCAACCGAACAUCUUACUGCGGAACUUACUUUUGAUGCUGCCGACAAUCAUGAUCUUUUACACGAGGAAAAUAUUCCUGAAAUGCCCUUUUCAUACAAGCUUUUGACCAAUAGGAAUGUGGUAGUAUUUCUUGUGUGCUUGCUAGGAUUCAUUCUUGGAAUACCAUUCACGUUAAGCAACGGAUAUUAUUUAAUUCGGAUUGUGGAUCACUACGUUUCUAACUACUGCCUCGUCAUGAUGGGCAUUGCUGAAUGUGUUGUUGUGGGCUAUUUUGCAUACGGAUCGAAAUAUUUUGAAAAUGACGCCAGUGAUCUCGAAGAAACUGUAGUCAUCUCCAAAUUACAAGAGAUUAUAUCUGCCAUGAAUGAGACGCACGACAUUUCAGAGAAAUGGGAAGAAGAGCUCAAUCGAAUGAUUGACCCCAACGAUGAAGAAUCAUCCUCUGUAAUUGUGUCUCAAGUUCUCAACAAUCACUCUCCACUCGGAACCAAGAUUAUUUCCAAAUGCAAAGCCAUGGUGUCACACUUUGUGGUGUUUUUCAAAUAUCUCUUUCAAUUUCCUAAUUUUUUAAAAGCAUUCAACAAAUUCAGACAAUCCCCCUCUCAAUAUUGGAAAUGUUUCUUUUUCUUCUCCAUUGAGAGAUUCAAAAAUCACAUUAUUGCUAAUAAGAAGAAAAUUAUUGAGAAAUAUGCACAAGAAGAGCCAACAGACGAAGAACCUGGAUGUCUUAGUGACAACUCGAUUGUUUACCGAUGUAUGGAUCAGUUCACUCACCUCUUUUUAUGGAUUUGGUGUUUUUUAAUCAAAUACGUGGCACCCAUUAUGCUCUCUGUUAUGCUAAUUUCCACCAUGAUUACAGAGACAGUUUUCAGAUUUCCAUUUUCUUUCAGCUCAGAUUCAAAGUCAAGUAAUGACGAAGAAGUCGUUUUCAGUCUUGCUUUGGGAUGGUCUUUGGUGAUUUCAUGCCUUCUCUGUAUGAUUUGGUUUGCUGUAUUUCCUUUUGUAGAAAGAGACUCUGAAGUGUUUGGAAAGAGAAAGGUUGACGGGCACUGCAAAGAGACAGCUUUCACCCUUCAACAUCACACACAAGUCAUCAAAAAAAAAAUUUCAAAAACUCGUCGAGUUUUAAACUCGCUUCUCUCAGACGAAAAACAAAUCCCAAAGAGAUUGGCUAGUUAA